UAUCCUCCUCCUUCCUCCCUUCGCUGCCCGUCUCCCCCUCUCCAUGUACACGACCACAGUCUCUGUCACUCAAGCUCCGCUCUCUCUCUCUCUACAUCAAGAAACCAUUUAAUUCAUCCAUCUCUCUCCUCCAAGCCCUACAAAGUACACCAUCUUCUUCCUCCCCCUCUCUGUCUCUCUCUCUCUCCUUCUCCUAGCUUCUAGCUAGGGCCAUCUGCUCAUGCUUCUCCCUUCUCCCAGAUCGCAGAUGAAGCUUACCAGAAGGCCAUAAAAUAGUGUGUGUGAUCUCCCACACGCACACACUCUCUCUCUCUCUCUCUCUCUCUCUCUCUCUCUCUCUCUCUCUCUCUCUCUCUCUCUCUCUCUCUCUCUAUACCGUCGUCUCCAUCACACCUAACCAAUCUCGAGCUAGACCCACAAGAAGCGGUCGGCGGCAUCAAAUCCGUUCCCCUCUCCUGCAAACAACCACCCAUUUACCCGGCCAAAGCAUAUACACGCAGAGAUAGCUGUGUGUGUAUAUAACAUGGCCUAAUUGACCAUGGACAUCGCCGGAGACGCCGGGGGCGGCCGGAGGCCCAACUUCCCCUUGCAGCUCCUCGAGAAGAAGGAGGAGCAACCGUGCUCCAGCUCGGCUGCUGGGGGCACCUCGGCGGGCGGCGGGAAUGGAGCAGCCACUGGCGGUGCCGCCGGAGGGGAGAUGCAGGUGCGGAAGGUGGUGCCCAAGCGGACGUCGACCAAGGACCGGCACACCAAGGUGGAGGGCCGGGGACGGCGCAUCCGGAUGCCUGCGCUGUGCGCGGCGAGGGUGUUCCAGCUAACCCGGGAGCUGGGGCACAAGACGGACGGCGAGACCAUCGAGUGGCUGCUGCAGCAGGCGGAGCCGGCGGUGAUCGCGGCCACCGGCACCGGCACCAUCCCGGCCAACUUCACCUCCCUCAACAUCUCCCUCCGCUCAUCUGGCUCCUCGCUCUCCAUCCCGGCCCACCUCCGCGGGGCCUUGCCGAGCCCCGGCGUAAGGUUCGGCUCCCGUGCCGACGCGUGGGACCGGGUUGUCGGACUCGGGUACCCGCCCGAAGGCCCCGCCUCGUCUUCGUCGACGCCGUCGCCGCUGUUGCUCAACUUCCACUCGGGCAGCGUCGGUCUUGACGUGCAGCCCUCGCCGUCAGCCGCUGCCGCUGCCGCAGCCGCCGACCUUUCGAGGAAGCGGCGAUGGGAGCAAGAAAUGCAGCAGCAGCAACAACAACACCAGCAGCAGCAACAGCAACAACAGUACCAGCAGCAGAUGGCGGGGUACACGCAGAGCCAAAUGCCAGGCACCGUCUGGAUGGUGCCAAGCAACAACGCGCAGGGCAGCGGGGCGCCUUCCGGCGGCGGAAACGGCGGCGGUGGAGGAGGAAGUGGUGAGUCGAUCUGGACUUUCCCGCAGGUGGGCAGCGCCGGCGCCGCGGCUGCCGUGUAUCGUGGGAGCGUGCCAAGCGGGCUACAUUUCAUGAACUUCCCUGCACCGAUGGCGCUGCUACCCGGCCAGCAGCUGGGGCUCGGCCCAGUGGGAGCCAGCGGCGGUGGCGGAGGCGAGGGGCAGAUGGGGAUCCUCGCCGCGCUGAACGCGUACCGGACACAGGCGGCGGAAGCAGCGGCGGGGCAAGGAGGCGGCGGCGGAGGAGGAUCGUCUAGCCAGCAGCAACACGGAGGUGGUGGUGGCGGCGGCGAGCGGCAUGAGAGCAUGAGCACCAGCGAGUCGUAGGCCGGGCGGGCCUCCGAGGAUCGCAUCGCAUCGCAUGCAUUGGUCUCUGGUGUGGCUUUGAUCUGUUCUUUGUCUUUGAUUUCUUUUUCCUUUUGUGGUUUCCUUCCUCCACUCCUAGACAUUAGAUAACUCGCAAGGAUUACACUCGGCUGCGAUCCCAUGGCAUUUAGAUCAUCAUCGUCAUACUUAGCGCACGUACGUUUGUGCUUGUGAGUGGAAGAGCGAGGUGUGCCAUUGGAGAAGAGGAGGGAGACACAUCAGCAGCAGCAGCAAGAGAUUGUUUAUUUUUGUUCUUUUAGCAUUAGGGUUUGAUGAAAUGCGAGCGGAAGAGAAUUUUCAUCAGGCAUGGCAUUCGUCACAUGCCGUGAUCGGUCGAUGGUUCAUUUUUUUGUUUGCCACCAAGCUUUGUUAGUCCUAGCUUUCAAGUUAUUUUACACCAUGCAGGGCCAUGAAUUCCAUUUUGCAUGCUGCUUGUGCUGCUUAUAAUCGAUUUGUUCUUUCUUGAUCAA